UUUAAAAUUAAUAAACAAAUUCAUGUUUUCUUUUCGUAGAUGACUUGAUGUUUAUUAUUUUCAAAAAUAAAUUGUAAAUAAAUUUAAAUUUUUUAAAUAUCAAGAAAUCAAAAAUUUGGUAAUGACAUUAAAAUGUAGUGAAAAUAGAAGAUUUCAAUUUUUACAAGAAUACAAAAAACAUGAAUGCCUUUGGAAUCAAAAUUCUACUAAAUAUUGGAAUUACUGUACAAAAAAACAGUCUGUAAAUAAAAUUCUCAAAAAACUUAAUAUUCCAAAAUUAACAGAAUUAAAGUGUCAACAACAAAUAGAAGGAAUAACAAAAAAAAAUAUUUUUUUGAAAAUACUCUCAGAUACAAUAAACAAAAAAUUCUUCAUGGCUUAUAUGAGGGAAAAAUUAAUAAUUCAAAACUUUUGUGAUAUCCAUUAAUGCAAGAUAUGCUGAAAAAAAGUAUUAGUAAUAAGACAAAAGAUAAUUUUAAAUUUACAAUUUGCACAAAUUCAAAUAAAAAUAAGAAAAAGAUAAAUAAAAAGAAAAAAAUAAGAUCAACAUCACCAAUCACUACUACUCAAAUUACAUAUAAUUCAUGUGGACAUAAAAUUGUAAGAAAAAUUGCCCUUCCUGAAGAAAUUAAACACAAGGGAAAAAAAUCGAAGAAAAAAAUAAUGAAUGAUAAAUAUACAAAUUGCGUUCAAUGUCCAAGUUUUGAGAAGAAUUUAUUAAAAGCAUCAAAUGAAGAAAGAGAGACUAAAGAUCCAAAUACUCUUUCACAGCAAUCAAUUUGUGUGAGGGAAAUGAAAAAAAGAAGAGAUAUUUCAAGAUUUUGUGCAACAAAUCCAAAAUCAAUAGAAUGUUCCUCGUGUUGUAAAAAUUCAGAAAAUUUACAUUAUGCAGUUAAUUAUAAUCCAUCAAGAAAUGUGAAUUCUUAUUCAAAUUAUUUUAAUAAAACAAAUAAUUUCGAUUUCUACAAUGAUUUAAAUUACAAGGCUUAUGGUGAUCAACAAAAUAGAUAUCGAACAAAAUAUGUUCAUUGUCCUGGUAGAUUAAAAUCAGCUGAUAAAUUUUUAACUACUUGUGAUGAUAGAAAUGUUAAUUAUUCAAAAACAAUUGAAAACAUUGUUUGUACAAAUAAAAAUUUUGAUUUAUCUCAAGGAGAAGAACCAUCCGAACAAAAUAAAUCAUUUUGUUUAAGAAAUAGAGACGAUUCAUUAAAAUACAAUAAAGAAUUAACAAAUGUAAUUGAUAAAAAUUAUUGUUCCGAUGAUCAGAGAGUGGUGAAAUUUUCUUCAAGAAUAGGAGAUAAAUUUGAAAAUAAUGUAUUCGAUGCUUAUUCUCCAUUUAAAAUUAGUAUUCAAUGUUAUGAGAGAGGAAUGCAUAAUAAGCAAAAAAUAGUGAAUGAAGCUGCAAAUCAAGAAACUCAAACUGCUUUAGAAUUAAAGCAACAAGGAAUUUCAACAGAUGUGAAAAAUUAUUUAUCAAAAGAAAUUCAAUGCACGGGAAUUGCGACACAAUCGAGACAAACUGGAAUUGAUGAUGAAGAUCAUUUGAAGAUGGGAAUAAUUCCAAAAAAAAGUGUUUGUGUUUCAUGCGAUCAAACUGAUGAGAUAAAGGAUGAUUAUUUUCUUCUUAUGCCAGGUGGAAAAUGUGUUAAACUUGCACAGAAAAUAUUUACUAAUGAAAAUUUUGUUCCAUGUCCUGGUGCAAAUAAUGAUGGAAUUUAUGAUGAUGAAUCUUUUUCAAUUUGCACUGAAACAUCUAAUACAACUCAAGAAUCCAGAAUGGUCGAUUCUAAUACAAUGACAACACCCGAAUUAUUAGAAUGUGUUGAAAAAAUAUUGAGAAAUGAUUCCCAAGUUGAAAUACAGGAGAAUUUUGAUUCACAAGUUUCAAGAAAUGAAGAAAUAAAUGACAAUGAAAGUAAAUGUAGAAUUUGCAAGACUAAUCAAGUUGUAGAUGAGAAUUUAAAAUUUUGUUUCGAAAAGCUUUUCAAUAAAAAACUGUCAAAUUCAGAUUGUUUUCCCUGUUUAAAUGAGAAAUUAAAUAAAACCGGCGAUUUGACAAAAAGAAUUUUAUACAUUUUGAAAUAUGCUCUUGAACUGAAUUCAAAUGCUAAAAAUAAUACCAAUGAUUCUAGAUUUAAUUCGAAAAAUACGAAUGAAAUAAUUAAAAAAUUAUGCAAGUGUGUAAAAAAACUAUCAAAUCCUGAAAUAUUAAAACAAACAAAAAGUAAAAAUUCAACAUUAUCACAAAAUAAAGAAAAUAAUAAAGUAUCAAAAAUAAUGUCAACUGAAGAAGAAGAAGAACAAGAAGUGGAAAAUUUUCAUGAAAAUUUGAAAAUAGUUCAAAAAAAUGUUGGAAUUGAAAAACAAACAGAAACAGAUAAUAGACCAAUUACAACUCGAAGUAUGAAUACAUUUAUUGAAGAAUUUCCUGUGGAAAUAAUUCAAACUCUUCUUGAAAGUGAAGGAACAAAUACUGAAUUUAGAAUUCAUAAAGAAAUAGGAACAAAUACAAUUGAAAAAAAAAGAUCACAAGAUGCUUCAACUCAAUCAUAUUCAAAAGAAAAAUGUAUUAAUAAUAAUAAUAAUAAUAAAAAAAUAAAAAUGACAAAUCAAUGUCGAGAGCCUAUUUUAGUGCGAGUAAUUUCAUCAAGUGAUGGACAAAAAGCACAAUUUUCAGAAUAUUCAACGUCUGAAAGUGAUGAUUUCAGAAAAAUUGGCUUUAAACGAGUUUGUUUCAAUGAUAAUUCUCAAUUUCAAGUAUUUAAAAAAGAUUUAAAAAAUUGUGAAGAAAAUUGUUCAAAUAAAGAAUUAACAAAAAUCAGAGACAAGACAAAUUAUAAAGUAAAAAAGAAAAUCGAUAAAAAAUGUAUGGAAAAUUCAAGAAUUCGAAAUUUAGGAAAUAGAAAGAUAUUCUACAAUGAUUUUUUCGAUUAGAAAGAAAGAAAAAUUAAAAUUCUUAUUGUCUACUAUGUCUAAAGUUAAAGUUUUUGUUACAGUAAAAAUAUCAAAUAAAAAUAUAUAAUGUUCAAACUUUAAGAAAAUAAUUAAUAAUUAUUUAAUAAAUAGUAUAUUUUUUGGAAAAAUAUAAUAACUAAACUUAAUAUUACAUG